CCGGAAAAACAUUCAAGCACGUGUUCAAGGGCAUCUAACUCAUCAUUUUUCGCCAAAAAGUAGUAAACAAAAAUGUUUUUAACAUUUCUAAACUUUGCCAGUCGUCAAGGUGGUGCAGAUAUUCAAUGGAAACGACAUAUGUAUAAAAGAAUAGCAUGGAGUUACUAUGGUAGAAAAAGAAACUGUUUCAGACUAUCAAUUCGUACAGUUGAAAGAGCUCUUAGAUAUUCAACAAAUUCUGGAAAACCAAAGAGAGAAUUCUAUAAUAACAUUGUAAAGAUACGACUAGAAGCAGCAUGUUGGGAACAUGGUGUUCUUUAUGAUGAAUUUUUGAAAACGCUAGAUGAAUCCUCAAUUCAGUUGAACAGAACCACUUUACAACAUUUAGCCAUUUAUGAACCUAGAACAUUUCAGAGUUUAUGUGAUUUUACUGUAAAGAGACAAGGUGAACUAGGAUUAAAGGCUGCCACUGCAACAACUCCAUCAGGUGUUCUAACUAGGGGGAUGCUAUAAACUUAACAUUGAUCAGAUUUUAUCUUGUAAUAAAGCUAUAUUGCUAUAGUUAAAUAAUUGUGCCAUGUGAAGGAAGAGUAUUGAGUUUGUGUGGGAAUGAUCAUUAAAGAAACUAAAUAUUCUUACCAAAUAGUUUGUACUAAUCAUAAUCAAAAGAGUAUUGAACUUCAAAAAGAGGUUGGACAGACAUUUUGAGGAACAGUCAUAAGUGGUGUAUUAUUUACAUAAGAAAAUAUGAUCUUUUCAUCCUGUGAAAGAAAAUAUUAGAUAUCGUGUGUUUAUAAAUUGUUUAAUUUGUAGACUUUUUGAAUGUUUAGAAAUUGUUUCAUUUUUGUAGAUACAAAAUAUUAAAAUCAGUUUUUUCUAUA